CUACAUCCCGGCUGCCCCACUGGGCUGGUGGAGGUCGUGGGCACCAGAUGGAGCCUGAAGGAAAAACCUGUAGGAAAUGUACUUUUACCUCCUCUGCAUGUUUUUUUGGAUUGGAUUAUAAAAAAUGUAUUUUUGUGUAAUAUAUAAAAAGACACUUAAUAGAACAUCACUCAUAAAGAAGGCAGAGACCUUGUAGUAAACACAUGAGCAGUACAGCCGAGUUUUACUUGGCUUUUUUUUCCCCAUCAUUUUAGAUUUUGUUAUGGUAUCAUCAUAAUAACCACAUCUAUGUGCUAGAUUUAUUUAAAUGUAACUGAGCAUGAAACUGAAAAUUCAUGCAGAGGAAGCACAUUGACUGAAACAUACAUGUAAAUGCAGGACAUAUAGUGUAAAUGUAUACUGGUACCUAACCUGCACACAGAUGAACCUGUGGGUCUGAUGUUUGCAGCAGUCCCAGGGAUUUUCACUGCAGCAGAUUUGUUUGUUUUCAUUGAAUCUUUGUUUUAUGACUUUUAGCUUCUUAGGAGACUCUGCAUUUAAUAUUGUAGAAAUACUGCUCUCGGAGUAGUAGUUGGUUUUUAUUUUUCCCCCACUGUGGAGUUUUUGAAGAACUUUAUAGGUCUUGAGGUAUUUGCAGUUUUAUUAAAUCUAGAUUCUUAUGAGUUAAGAUUAGACAAAUUAUUUCAAAAUGUGUCAAAACAUUUCAUCACAGUCAACAUGUUGCUACUUUUAGAUUCUUGUCUUUAAAGGAAGAGCUCACCUUAAGGAUGGAGGGUUAGGGUAGAGACUCACGAGUGAAAUAAAGGUUUUGAAACCAUCAGUUUGGUUGAUGUGUUAAAUUACAUUCACUGAGGUCAUCCUCCAGUUUAUCGGAUGACAGGAUGUGCAGGCACUCACACAGGCCCACACACUUCCUCUGGCCUUUUGCCUCCAUAUCCUCUUACUGCAUCCCUGCUCCCGGCAUCAGAAAGUUGUUAUGACGACCCCAGUAAACACGAGCCGGGGGGCGGGGGUUGUCCCAUUUACUGUCAGCUUGGCAGAGCAGCACUGCCGGCUGAUGGAGCAGCUUUAGUUCAUCGUCUGCCCUCUGGUGGCUGAAAACACACAUGGCUCCCGCUCCCAUGGGCCUGUACCUUGUAGGCUUGUCCAGUAUUCCAUCCACAGUAAGUGAAUGAGACCUGAUAAAGCCCAAACAACGCUGAAGAGCCUGUUCAGUUCUAUGUAUAGUCGCCUUGGCCCACCAACAGCAGAGAACUGAAGCCACCAAAGCCCUUUGACAUGAUCACUGGACUUGACCUGGACCUGAGGCAGGAGACGACCACCUAACUGUCCUUCUGAGAUACAAACCAACAGCGACGGAGAGAUGGCCAUACCCCAGAUGUUCCACUCCAACACACAGUUCAUCAUCGUGACUGGAGCAUCUGAACUCUUGUUUCUUGGUAAAGAGGAUGACAGCCAAGAGUGCGAGGAGGAAAAGGAGUCACUGGUUCAAGCCAUGGCCUCCCAUCUGAGUCGGGUGAUGCAGCAUGGCACCGCCAAACACGUGGUCACGGAGGAGCAUGAAGUGUCUAAGGAGAAUCCCUGUGUGUCCAUAGUAGCGCAGGCUGAGAGAGAAGACCUCCAGGAGUUCAGCCCUACUAACACACAGAGCCCCUAUUCCCAGCUGCUCAAGAAGCACAGGUGUCUUGGAAAGGAAGCUGUCCUCAUGAGUGACACAGAGGACGACUUUGACGAGGCCACCAAACUCCCGCGCUACCACCUCCAGAGGAAACAGCGCAGGAAACGCAGAACAAGAGGGAGCCAGGAGGAAGGCGAAGAGCCCCCAGUCAUCCAGGGUCUGUGGGUGCAGGAGAUCGAUUGGCUGAAAUCUGCAGAUAGAGAGACGACAUCACCCUCCAAGAUCAUCCCGCCGCCUCCUCAGUUCACUGACUCGAUCUCGACCCCCUGCAGCCAGGGAGGCUGCAGCUGUGCAGGUGCGCGAGGCUGUGCCAGAGGAGUCAAGGCUGCAUCUGCAUCAGAGGACCAACACAGAUCAACAGACACAGACCACACACCCAGCACUAGUGACAGAGAAGGCUCAGACUCUGAGCAGCAAUCUGAAUCUCUUUGCACUCAUGACAGUGAGUCAGACUCGUCUUGCUGCAUUGAUGGCGACAUCCAAGUACCAGAUAGCUUUGAAGCUGAAGCCAGCGUGCCAAAUCCAGCCUUUGACCUGAUGCAUUUGACUGGCUUUAACUCCUCAUCCUCUCAUGCUGAGUGGGAUUCUGACUGUGUGCAAAGCGUGCUGGGACCUUCAGACUCCUCCACCGACACCCCCAGCGCUGUGAAUGCAUCCCAGUGUUUUGAUGACACCGUCCUGGGUGAACUAAGAGGCAGAGUGAUGCGGAUGCCGAAGCUGUUGAUUUCAUUUUUCUUCAAAGAUUUAUUACUACAGACUCUAAAUGAGUGGAAAACCACAAAACCCGUCAACGAAGGUCUCGUAUUUCAUCAUCAACUCCAGCCCCACAGUUCUCAGUACAGGGAGGGGGAGGAAUACUGCGUUCUCCACCACAUCCAGAACGGCUCUUACGGUGAUGUAUUCUGUGUUCAGGACAAAAGGACAGGAUUCAAGUGUGCUGCCAAGAGGGUAAGCCAAGAAAAAAUUCCACUGAGUCAUUUCAGCAGUGAGGAGGUGAGCACGUGGAGCGCUCUCAACUCUCCUCGAGUUGUGGAGCUUUUAGGGGCUGUGAGAGAGGGGCUCAGCGUCAUUCUCUUCAUGGACUUAAAGCCAGCUUGUUUGGCCCAGCUCCUAAAAGAGAUGACCUGCCUACCUGAGGAUUUGGCCCUGCACUACCUUCAUCAGUUGCUGGGGGCACUAGAACACCUGCACCGCAGGAAGGUCCUUCACUUGGAUGUCAAAGUUGACAAUGUGCUGCUGUCUGCAAACUGCAGAGACACGUUCCUCUGUGACUUCGGUCUCUCAGAGACAUUAGAUGACAGCGGAUGGACCACCAAAGCAUUCAGGGGCGCUGCCUUCCCCGGCACAGAGACGCACAUGGCCCCUGAGGUGGCACGAGGGGAUCGGCUCUGUGCCAAGGCAGAUAUGUGGAGCAGCUGUUGUAUGCUGCUGCACAUGCUCAACGGCUGCCACCCAUGGAUACGCUACUAUUCCCAUCCGCUGUGUCUCCAGAUUGUCAACGAGCCCCCACCUCUAUGGGAGGUGCCCUCCAACUGUAACAAUUUCACAGCCAAAGUGUUCAGAGCUGGACUCCAGAAGGACCCUGAAAGACGAGCAUCCGCAAGGGAGCUCAGGAGGAAAACCACCAAGGCCCUCAGAGCAGCUGUACCUAGAGGCACCACGAUCCAGACCCCCUCCCCUGAGCCUCGAGAUGAUCCCCCAUCCUGUUUCAGCAGCUCGGAUACAUCCCAGAUAGAUGCCUCAGAGGCGGACUCUGAUCAUUCGUCUGACGACCUGAGCUCUGGAGUGUUUUCCUCCUGCCACAGUCACACAGACAGACACUUGGAGUGGCUGGCCUCAGCAAAUCAGCCUUCAUCAUACCGCUCUGAAGGUGUUGAGAUCUGGAUAGAGAACUUCCAGGGCGAGUGUCUGAGGAUCCGUGAGCGUCGGCAGGUCAAAGUGGGCCAUGUUGCCGUGGGAAUUAGUGAUCAGAUCUCGGGGAAAGCGUUCACUUUGGAAACCCUGGAUAGGAAGCCGGUGUCCUUUGAGCAAGAGAUCCAGGAGUCCUGCCUGUGGCUGCGCUGUGUUCUCGCUCCAGACAGAUGUCAGCGCUGGAGGUGGAGGGUCAGAGAUGGCCAGCUGGAGCUUCAAGAAUGAAAUGGACAGUUUUCUUAUUAGAUGAACAUGCACAGGUAGCUGCUGAAGAGCUUCUAUUUUGGGGAGAAAUGUGAUGUUAUAGUAGCUUAUGUCACUUUAAAGAUGGACUUCACACAAUCACGUUUAUUGGCCAAGUUUCUAGUAGCACUCAGUGUAUUACAUCCUGCUAAAGGUUUCUAAUAAGGCAUCAUUUAUACAGGGUUCAUAAGCUGUAAUUAAUUGUUUUAUUUAUUUGUAUAGCUUUGUAAGUUUUGAUAUACCUUUUAACCACAACAACAGAAAUGUAUAUCAAAUCAGAUCAUUAAUGAUCAAUCAAAUCUGCAGUUGUCAAUAUAGUUUCUAAAUGGAUUUUGGUCCAAGGGCCAGACAUAUAAAACUCUGUGUAGAGUCAUGACGAAGACUGUGUACACACUAAGAGAGAACUGAGCGUGCACGUAGUUUAAUAAAGCCGCACUUAUGCCUGGUUCUGCUUUACACUAAACAACUCGGUGCACAAGCUUCUUUUCCACUCCCACCUUUAGCCACAAAUAGUUGUAGACAUGCCUUUAAUCAGCCAUCUGCAUACGGAGACGGGUUCUGAACCGUACGGUACGAGGCAAGGCAAUGAAAGCAACGCUAAAGAAGAAACGCUGUUCCAGUGAGUGUGAAACUGAGACACUUGGAGAGGCAGAGAAAAGAAAAGCUGAUUUGUUUGGUGGUUUAAAUUCAGGGAUCACGAACAGAGGAAAAGCUGCUGAAUAGCAAAAAUAACUAAUGCUGUCAGUACACUCAGAUCAGAGCAAAGGACCGUGGCUGAGCUAGAAACUAGUUGGAUUGGAAGUGAGAGCAGGAAAAACGCAUUCACCUGCACAAAGAGAUCAUGGGGGCAACAGUAGGAGGACCGGCAACUGCUGCAUUAUCUACCGCAGUUCUGGUCUCAGUUUUACAAGGACUGGGAGUCAUUCCCAUCAUUACCUUCCCUCCCACAAUCCCUGGCUCUGGCUCAUUAGUUAAUAUACAGACCAUAUAAUAUUGUCACGAUUUGGUUCCGUUGCUUCCUGUCAGGCUUUUAUUUUUACGUUACUUCCUCUUUUUGUUUUUCACCUCUGUUUCGGUCACUUUACGUUCACUAAUCACUUACAUUAGUUUCACCUGCUCCUGAUGGUUUGAACCUGUUCACACCGUAAUAUAAGUAGCCUUCACCCUCCUAUCCCUGCCAGAUUGUUCUAGACUCUAGCUCUGACUCUCCAGCAUCCAUACCUUGCCUGACUCUGUUUCUGACCUUGGAUUGUUUGUUUUGACCACCGUUUAUUGCCUAUGUCCUUCCAGUGUCUGAUUGCCUGCAGUGUACCGACCUUCUGAGCUUCCCCUGGACCUCUUGAGUUUUGAAUCCCCUGGCUACACCUGUUUACCGGCACUGACCCUGGACUGUCUAUUCGACCUGAUUGUUAUACCUGGACUGUGUAUUGGUUGCCUAGUUAUCACAAGUAAAAACCUUUUCGUUCAAUCAGUUCGUCUGGUUUUAUAAUUGAUUCCACCACUAACACCGUUUGAUGUCCUUAUAUGC